CUUAAAAAUCAAUGAUAUUACAUGACCCCACACAUAAUCAUAUUAAAAAAUAAUCAUAAUACAAUAUAGCAUUAAAAUUCUCUUAAAUACAACACCAUAACAUAAGCUUAUCCAUAAUUCCAUUAACAUCUUUAUUUUCUUGUGUCCCAAUUCUCUCUUUAUAAACCUCCCCACCACCCACUUCUCCAUUCCAAUCAUCUCAAAUCCAAAAUCCUCUAGAAAAAUCCUAGAGAGAGAAACAAACUAACCCAAGAGAGAGAAACAAAAACAGAGAAAUUUCAAAAAAAAAAAGAAUGUCUAAGGAAGUGAGUGAAGAAGGACAAGUUCACCACCAGCAUGGAAAAGACUAUGUUGAUCCACCACCAGCACCAUUGUUUGAUGCUGGUGAACUCAAACUGUGGUCAUUCUGGAGAGCAUGUAUAGCAGAGUUUGUUGCUACUUUACUGUUUCUAUACAUAACAGUUGCUACUGUUAUUGGUUACAAAAAGGAAGCUGAUGCUUGUGCUACUGUUGGUUUUCUUGGUAUUGCUUGGGCUUUUGGUGGCAUGAUUUUUAUCCUUGUUUACUGCACUGCUGGUAUCUCUGGUGGGCAUAUAAACCCAGCAGUGACCUUUGGAUUGUUCCUAGCAAGAAAAGUGUCCUUACUAAGGGCAUUCAUGUAUAUGGUAGCUCAAUGUGCAGGAGCAAUCUGUGGUGUAGGGUUAGUGAAAGCCUUUAUGAAGAGUUCGUACAACAAAUAUGGAGGAGGAGCUAACACUGUUGCAGAUGGAUAUAACACUGGAACUGCCCUUGGAGCUGAGAUUAUUGGAACAUUUGUACUUGUAUACACAGUUUUCUCAGCUACUGACCCUAAAAGGAGUGCACGUGACUCACACGUGCCUAUACUUGCUCCUCUACCUAUUGGGUUUGCUGUUUUUAUGGUUCAUUUGGCUACUAUUCCCAUCACUGGAACUGGUAUUAACCCUGCUAGAAGUUUUGGUGCUGCUGUUAUUAUUAACUCCAACAAGGCCUGGGAUGACCAUUGGAUAUUCUGGGUUGGACCAUUUGUGGGAGCAUUGGCAGCAGCAGCAUAUCAUCAGUACAUCUUGAGAGCAGCAGCAAUUAAAGCAUUGGGAUCAUUCAGAAGCAACCCAACCAACUAAGAACACACUUCUUCAAAAUAUGGUUUGUUUUAUCAGGAUUUCUAAACAAAACAAGAGAAGAAGAAAAAACAUAUUGAUUUGUUUUUUUUUUGGUGUGCAGUGUUUAUGUUCUCUCUCUCUCUCUCUCUCUCUCUCUCUCCCUUCUCUUAGCUUCAGUUUUUUUUUCUUUUUGGAAUUUUUAUUCACUACUAUUGUAAUUCUUGGAUAUGAAGUAAAUUAUUGAGUUCUAGAAUCAAUGUGUAUGGACUAUUAUUAUUAUUAUUAUUAUUAUUAUUA